AAAAAUGGGGCUACAAAGCUUGGGCCCUGGCAGGCCGCUCUGGAUACGUAUAUCGGCUUUACAUGUAUGGUGACAACCUAAUCGAAGACCCCCCGAACACCCCGGAAGACGUAGGCGAAAGUGGGAAGGUCGUUUUGCGACUCACUCAUGAUUGCCCUCCGGGAACAGAAGUAUUUUUCGACAACUUCUUCGCUUCCAUCGAGCUUUUAAAUGAAAUGAAAAUGAGAGGACUUGGAGCGGCUGCCACCAUCAGAAAAACAAGAUGUGGGAACUGCCCUCUGAAAACUGAAAAAGAAUUGAAAAAAGCAGAGAGAGGAUCACUCGACUUCCGCUCAGAAAAGAGCACAGGAAUUGUCAUCUGUGCCUGGAAUGACAACCGCACAGUGACAGCUGCAUUAAACAUCCACAGCAUUGAACCUUUUGAUACAUGCAGGCGCUACGACAGAAAGACCAAGACUUAUGUGGAUGUGCAGAGGCCGAACAUCAUUAGGGUGUACAACCAGAGCAUGGGUGGAGUAGACAAAGCAGAUAUGCUUCUGUCAUUUUACAGAAAUGACAUGAAAACAAAGAAGUGGUACAAAAGGAUAUGCUUUCACCUUAUCGAUCUUGCGGUUGUGAACGCUUUUCUGCUUUACCGCGAAGCGAAAUCGGCAGAUAUGCAGGUGGUUGACUUCAAGUUCCGGGUGGCACUUGGAUUGAUGCGCUCACUCGAGGGCAUGCCCGGAUUGAACCGGGAUGGUGAUGAUCCUGUGCCUGCGACUGUUGUGUCACCAACUAGUUCAUUGAAGGCAUCAGGCUCAGCAGCUGGAGUUGUUUCAAAGAGAGCCCAUCAUGUUGAACAUUCUGUGCGGCACGACAAUGUUGGCCAUUGGCCAGUGAAAGUGGCGCAAAAAAACGCCCGCAUGUGCAAGUUAAGCUCAUGCACCAAGCGCACAAGGUUCUUUUGCAAAAAGUGUUCUGUGUAUUUGUGCGUUGAUGCACAAAAAAUCAACUGCUUUGAGAAAUUUCAUGCAUCCUAA